AUGGCUGAGAAGACGCCCGCCGAGGAUAGACGUCUGGCUCCGUGCCAGUGGCUCGCGCUCGCCCUGUAUGUAAUGCACGGGCCGCAUCGCGCUGCACUGUGCGGCAUCUGCCACUGGUCUCCCGAGUCGUAUUCCAGUACGCAAACCAAGUCCUCGUACUCCGCGUUUCAUUGUGCAAUAAUGGAACGUGUGUCCCAUGAGGCGUGGCGCCCACAGUCCUCUCCACGGCAAUCACAUGGAAGAUACAAGACAGCAUCGCAGUUUUCCUCCUACCGACGACGACAGUCAUCUGUCGAAGCUAGUGCCGCACGCAGAAUAGGGAAAAGCGCUUGGAAUCCUUCGCUGUGUCACGAACUCCAAGAGAAGGCCACCGUAGCAUCGGGACAGUUCUCCGCGGAGAGAGAUUCACAUCAACAGGGAGUCAAGGUCGAAGGCCGGACAACGACGUGGACAAGGUAUAGAAAGGGAGCCAAGAGGAUGCCGAAAGGGAAUGACAGCGACUUGAAUUCGAAAAGCGGGGAGAAGACGCGGGCGCUAAAGAAGGUCUCAUCCCCGAGGAAAUGUGGCUCUGCAUAUGGGGCGACAUAUUAUAUGAAGCUCGAGUCUAUACAUACAAGGCCGCUUGUUCCGAGCGCAACGCUAGGAGAAUUUGACAAGCCCAUAAAAAAUGGAGCGACUCGCUCUAUAUUCCGGAUACUGCUUGUUCAAGCCAGAUACGCGAUGCGGGGAAGCAAGGCCUGGGGUAACAGUUACGUUCAGGAGAAUGCUUUCCGACCUCGAAGGGGUGAGAGUGCCGGAGUAAGGUACGGCUUCAACGGUAAAGAUGGUUGUGAAGAACACAAAGGUAGACUUUUGAAGAGCAUGUGUCGAUUUCAGACAGGGCGCAGCAAGGUUCUAUGGACCGUGAACGAGCGACCCACCAAUCAUGCAGAGCUGAAUGUCUAG